CCCUUUCAGCAGAAGCACUCCCUGAAUUCCACUCCGCCUUUUUGCCCACACUCUGCCCCGGCUCCAGUCACUCACCUCAGCGCGCAAGUCCAACUUAGUUCCGCGCUGCGCCAGAAAGAAAAAACCAAAAUAUCCUCAACUCCUGCAGCGUUAUUCUCCUCUUUUUGCAGCAAGGAUCCGUAUUUUUACCUGUUGAUGUGGUCCUACCGGGUGUGGGACGGUAGAAAAGUGUGAAAGAGGCACCACUCCGACGCGCAGGAGCGGUGAAGGGACAUUUUCGCUUCCAAUCCCCCCAGCGUUAACAGCUCGGUGCUGGGUUGCAGUUGGAAAAUGACCACUUCUCCUACCGCUUCGUUUUAUGGACUAACCCUGUGCUUGCUCCUCUCAUGCCACCUGGUCACGGUGUCCCGGGCUUCUAAGGUGUGGGGGGAGGUCCCGGUGCCGGAGGAUUUGGAGGCGGAGAAAAAGGUGCAGGCGUCGCACAGUUUACUGGACGAUGACGAAGACUUUGCAGCUGAUGAAGCUUCAGGAGAUCUGCCCAGUGGAGAGGAUGAUGGCAGCGCCCCCUGGCCCCCGGCUGUCUCAACGCCCUGGCUGGACUCUUCACACAUGGGGAGCAUACAGAGCCCUUUUGAACAAAACUACAUUUAUUACCGAGCUCUUGUUAACUUCACGGACUCUCUGGUGUGGACCCCGGACUUCGACGACAUCUUCUCUGCUGCCUACACUGAACUUUCUGACGCAGUGGUUGAUACGCUCGAGUCGGAAUACAACAAGAUCCCAGGUAUCCAGACGGUCGGCGUGGUCCUCAUCAAGAAAGUAGUCCGAGACAAUGGCGUGGAUAUAUUUGUGGAGCUGGACGUAGGAUCAGAUUACAACCAUAAAGAUGAGCAGAUCCGCAGUGUUCUGUACAACGUGGUGAAAGAGGGCGCCAUCGCGUCCUACGUCACCUCCGUACAGGGCUUUCAGUUCAGACGUCUCGGAGAAGUGACCCCUAGUAUCAGGCCGUGCAUGCCGGACGAGCACCGGUGUAGUGAUGGAACCUGCAUCAUUAUGGAAUAUCUGUGUGACAACAGACCAGACUGUACAGACAUGAGUGAUGAGCUCAACUGUGAAACCACGCCUCCUGUUAUCCCAGUGACUGCUGGUCCUGUCGCCACCACCACCCCUGCACGGAGGCCCACAUACCCGCGCCCAUGCAGAGUGGACCAGGCCACGUGUCAGAGUGGAGAGUGCAUCCCCCGAGACUACAUCUGCGACGGCCAGAGGGACUGUUCAGACGGCUCAGAUGAGUUCAGAUGUGGGACCCCCUCUCCGUGUGAGCCCAAUGAGUUCAAAUGUAAAAAUGGCCGAUGUGCUCUUAAACUGUGGCGCUGUGAUGGAGACAACGACUGUGAGGACAACUCUGAUGAACUCGACUGUCCCACGAAGGGUCCCAGUGACAGAUGUGCUCCGGAGCAGUUUGAAUGCCUCAGUGACCGCACCUGUAUCCCGGCCAGUUAUCAGUGCGAUGAGGAGCCCGACUGCCCCGACCGAUCUGAUGAGUACGGCUGCACUGCUCCAUCGGUGAUCAGCCCACCGGAGGAGUCGGUGCAGGCGGCGCGAGGGUCCACGGUCACCUUCACCUGUCAGGCCACUGGUGUCCCCACCCCCAUCAUCACCUGGAGACUCAACUGGGGACACAUCCCAACCAGUGCCAGGAUCACCAUGACGAGUGAAGAUGGGCGUGGCACUUUGACCAUUCGAGAUGUGAAGGAGACGGACCAGGGAGCCUACACCUGUGAAGCCAUCAACGCUAAAGGCCUGGUGUUUGGGAUUCCCGAUGGAGUACUCACUUUAACCACCACCUCCAACCCAGGAAAUUGUCCCGAUGGUCAGUUCACCAUGGAUGGUCGCUGUGUGCCCUGCUUCUGUGCUGGAGUCACGAAGAACUGCAAAGCCACUGGCCGCUACCGUGACCAAAUCAGCCUGCGGUUCACUGAGGAGGAUGACUACAAAGGUGUGAAUGUUAGUUUCCCAUCGCGGCCAGGGACUCCUCCUCUGUCCUCUACUCAGCUCCUGAUAUAUCCAGAGGAGCGAGAGUUUCAGCUUGUCGAUCUGUCGAGACGCUUCCUCAACCUGGACUCUUUCUGGACUCUACCACGACAGUUUCUCGGCAACAAGAUCGACUCGUAUGGAGGCUCACUGAAGUACAAAGUGCGUUACACUCUGGCCCGUGGUCUGUCUGAGCCUGUGGAGAAGCCUGAUGUGACAAUAGUGGGAAAUGGACGCAGACUUGUGUAUCGCAGAGGCAGCCCCACUCCUGCCAGAGUGUCCAACUCAAAAGACAUCAAGUUCACCGAGCAAAACUGGCAGCACUCCAAUGGCCGCCCUGUGAGCCGAGAGGAGCUGAUGAUGACUUUGGCCAAUCUGGACAGCAUCAACAUCCGAACCAUCUACGACAACCACAUGGUCAGCGUUGCCCUUAGCGACAUCCUCAUGGACACCACCAACGUAGAGUUCAGGACCUCUGGCCAUGCCAAAGAGGUGGAGGAAUGCAGAUGCCCUCCCGGAUACACUGGUUUGUCCUGUGAGAUGUGCUCCGCUGGUUUUGAGCGUGUUCCUGGAGGCCUGUACCUGGGCACCUGUGCAGGCUGCAACUGUAACGGACACGCCAGCGCCUGCGACCCGGUCAACGGACACUGUCUGAGCUGCCAGCACAACACAGAGGGCCCUCAGUGCGAUAAGUGUCGCCCGGGUUACUUCGGUGACCCGACCCGUGGUCGCCCCGAUGACUGCAAACCCUGCCCCUGCCCGUACUACGAGACCUCUCGACGGUUUUCAGAUACAUGCUUUUUGGACAUUGACCAACAAGCAACAUGUGACGCCUGCAGGCCUGGAUACACUGGAAGACGCUGUGAAAAGUGUGCACCUGGUUACCAGGGUAACCCCCUCCAACCCAAUGGAAAAUGUGUUCCUACCUCCAGCAUCUCCACAUGUGAUAACAGAGGAUCCAUCAGCUCCAGCAGCCGGCCCUGUAACUGCAAGAACAACGUGGCAGGGGCUCAGUGUGAUGAAUGUAAGCCUGGCUCCUUCCACCUCUCCGAGGCCAAUCCCGAGGGCUGUCUGCAGUGUUUCUGUAUGGGUGUCACCAAGCAGUGCGCCAGCUCCACUUGGAACAGAGAUCAAGUGCGUGGAGGAGUAAAUGGGCAACUCUUCACUCUAUCGAAUAGUGCCAACACUAAAACUAUUUCUCAAGGCAUCACUCAAAGAGGCACCUCGGAAAUCACCUACCGCUCCUUUUUGGAUAGCGACGUUUACUUCUGGGUGCUGCCACAGAGCUUCAGGGGAGAUAAGGUGACAGCAUAUGGAGGAGAGUUGCGUUACACAGUGCGGUUUGAGCCCAGGCAGCGCUCCCUGAUCAUCGACGGUCAGCCAGAUGUGGUUCUCCAGGGAAAUGGCAUCUUCUUGGAGCAUUUUUCUAAAACCAAACCAGCUGCACGUGUUCCACAAACCAUCACCGUGACCUUCAGAGAGUCUGCCUGGAGAAGAGCAGAUGGACAGCCCUGCACCCGUGAGCACCUUCUGAUGGCACUUGCUGAUAUUACAGUCUUCAUGAUCCGAGCCACUUACGCGGACAACAUGGCUGAAAGCAGUAUUUCUGAUAUUAAAAUGGAUAUCGCUGUCCCUCACUCCACUGGUAAUGAACGUGCACUGGAGGUGGAGCAGUGCGCUUGUCCACAGGGAUACAGAGGACCGUCCUGCCAGGAGUGCGCUGAAGGCUACACCCGAACCAGCUCUGGACUCUAUCUGGGCACAUGUGAGAGGUGCGACUGCCAUGGACACGCUAGCAGCUGUGAUCCAGAGACAGGCGCAUGUUUGCAAUGUCUUCACAACACCGAAGGACCAAGAUGUGACCGCUGUCAGACUGGCUACUAUGGAAACCCGGCAAGAGGUGGGGCCCAGGCCUGCCAGCCCUGCCCCUGUCCAGGAACUGCAUCCAGCAACCAAUUCUCAGCCACUUGCUACAUGGACUCAGAUGGUCAGCCGACAUGUGACAGCUGUCUUCCUGGUUACUCUGGUCGCCGCUGUGAGAGAUGUGCCCCAGGAUACUAUGGAAACCCACUGCUAGGACAGAGGUGCUCUGACAAUACACUCAAUGGUAACUGCUACAACUGUGACCAAGGUGGAAGUGAAGGCUGUGUUGGUAGUGUGUGCCGCUGCAAGAUGAAUGUUGAAGGCCCGUCCUGCUCCAGCUGUAAACAGGGGACCUUCCAUCUCAGUCCCCAGAACAAAGAUGGCUGCCUGUCCUGUUUCUGCAUGGGCGUCACUCAGCAGUGCUACAGCUCCACCUACUACAGGGAUGUGGUGACUUCAGUGUUCACUCCAGGAAAUUUCCAGGGUUAUGCUCUGGUAAAUCGUCAGCGCACCACUCGUAUAUCCACCGGUUUCACUGUCGAGAUUUCCACAGCCGGAACUCAGCUUUCCUACAGUAACUUCGACUAUGUGGGACAAGAGCCUCACUACUGGCAGCUGCCUGGAGCCUUCCAAGGAGACAAGAGUGAUUCGAACUCGCCCCAUGAGCAGUUAAAGAAGGACGCUUAUGUCUGGGACCUAAUGGAUGCAGAGCGUAAAGGCCGAAAGAAAUCCAAGCGAGCCGCACAGAACUGGGACCUGGAUCACGAAGUGUGGGCCCUCAUGAAUAACUUCUCCAACGGAAGAGGGCGCUCUGCUGUCCUGAUUCCCUCCUCUGCCUCUAAAACAUCACAUUUCUCCUCUUCUUCUUCGUCUUCUUCAUCCUCCUCUUCUUCCUCUUCAUCUCGAGUCCCGACCCCCUCCUCUUCUUCUGGUCGAUGGUCUUUACGAAGUUUAAGUUUUCCCUCCUCUCCGUCUGGUACCCUCUCUGCUGUCAAACCCACUAGACCCCAGUCCUACUCCCCUGGCCAUCGCGAUCAGAGUAAGAACACAGUGAGCAAGACGGUGGUUAGUUCGUCCGGAGAUCAGUACACUCUGGUCUACAAAGGUUUCAGCUCAAACCAGGAUGAGCCUCUGUUCUGGCAGCUCCCAGCGCAGUUCACUGGGGACAAGGUGGGUUCAUACGGCGGUAAGCUCAAAUACACCAUCUCCUAUGUGGCCGGGCCCAGAGGAACGCUACUGGAUGACGCCGAUGUGCAGAUUAUUGGCAAUGACAUCACGUUGGUUGCACGGAAGCCUUGGAGCAGGAGGCAGCCCGGGAGCAGAGAGACUCAACAGUUCGAGAUCGUCUUCAGGGAGGAACACUGGAGUCGACCCGAUGGGAUGCCAGCCACUCGGGAGCACUUGAUGAUGGUUCUGGCCGAUCUGGACGACAUUUUGAUCCGUGCCUCGUACUCCACAGAGAUGCGCUCCUCCAGUAUCUCCGACGUCAGCAUGGAGGUGGCUGUGCCCAACUACAGCGGACUGGCCCAGGCUCUGGAGGUGGAGCAGUGCCGCUGUCCCCCCGGAUACCAGGGACUCUCCUGUCAGGACUGUGCUCCUGGAUACACCCGCACUGGUGGAGGCCUGUACCUGGGACACUGUGAACUCUGUGAAUGCAACGGACACUCAGACUCCUGUCACCCCGAGACCGGCAUCUGCUCCAGCUGUCUCCACAACACUCAGGGCGAGCUGUGUGAGCAAUGUGCCCCCGGCUUCUUUGGGGACCCCACAGUCGGAACCCCUGAGGACUGCCAGCCCUGCGCCUGCCCACACACCGACCCUGAGAACCAAUUUUCCCCCACCUGCGAGAGCCUUGGAAACGGAGGUUAUCAGUGCACCGCGUGUCAGCCCGGAUACACUGGCCAGUACUGCGAGCGCUGUGCUCCUGGAUACGUCGGCAACCCGCAGGCCAGAGAGAAGUGUCGGCCCUAUGACGCGGCUGCCUCUCUGGUGGUUAAGGUGUAUCCCGAGCGUGUGCAGGCAACUCCAGGGGGCACUGUGACUCUCAGGUGCCAGGUGUCUGGCCCGUCUCCACACUACUUCUACUGGUCCAGAGAAGAUGGACGACCAAUCUCCUACACCGCAGAGAGACACAGACAAGGAGCAGAGCUGUACUUCCCUAAUGUGAGCCCGAGCGACGCUGGAGUUUACAUUUGUACCUGCAAAGACCAAAGGAGCACCAACAGAAGCCACGCUGAAAUCAUCGUCACCAGUGCUCCAUCCAAACCCAUUGAAGUGACAGUGGAGGAGCCCAAAUCCCAGACAGUGAGGGUUGGAGCGACCAUCAGUUUCAUCUGUACUGCAAAGAGCAAGUCCCCCGCCUACACGUUGGUCUGGACUCGGCAAGGCAACGGGAAACUUCCGAAUCGUGCCAUGGACUUUAACGGCAUCCUGACCAUCCACAAUGUCCAACCGGAGGACGCCGGAGUGUACGUCUGCACCGGCUCCAACAUGUUUGCCAUGGACGAGGGCCGUGCCAUCCUCUACGUGCCAGAGGCCUCACAGACUCAGAUGUUUUACACAGCCUAUGAAAUGUUUGAAGGACACAGAAAGCCAGCAGAAGGCGUUCAGCCCGUAGCCUCGGUCAGCCCCUCAGUGUUGAACGCGCAGCAGGGGCACAGAGCUGAGUUCCGCUGCACUGGGACGGGCAACCCCACUCCUGCGGUCGAGUGGAUAGUUGCCCCGGGUAACAGGAUGAGUCCCCGGGCGCUGAUCCAGGGCGGGCUGCUGUCCUUCUCUGCUGUGGAUGUGUCUGAUGAGGGAGAGUACAUCUGCAAGGCCCUGAAUACUCACGGGGAGCACACCGCCAGAGCCUCUCUCUAUGUACAAAAGUCCAGUCCAAGUGGUUUAGGUACACAGCCUCAGGUCCAGGUGAGUCCACAGUCUGCAGACGUCCAUGAAGGAGACACUCUGAGGUUGUACUGCAGAGCGACAGGAUCCCCCACUCCCACACUCACCUGGUUGAGAAACGGAGGACCUGUGCCCGCCCAGGCCAUUCCCUCUCACGGUUUUCACCAGUUUAAAAGCAACAGUCUCGAUGUGUUACAGAGACGUAUUGGAGAACUGCAGGCUCGUAUGGACCGCACGGACAUCGGGACUCUGCUCAUCCCGAACAUGAGGAUGUCUGACUCUGGGGUCUACAUGUGUGUGGGCAGCAACAGCGCCGGCUCCAACAGCGCCCCCAUCAAAGUCACUGUGAUCAGAGCGGACCAUGUGUCUUCGGGGGUCACUAUCCAGCCCUCUAUCGCUGAUGUUCAGGAGGGACAGAGUCUAGAGCUGAACUGUUUCGCUCCUGGAAACCCUCCUCCUCAGGUCACGUGGACCAGGGCCAGUGGACGCCUCUCCUCCAAUCACCAGAUUUUGGGUAAUCAGCUGCGUAUCCUGUCUGCUACCCCUGAGGACUCUGGGGAGUAUAUCUGUCAAGUGCAGGGCCCCUACGGAAGCUCGGGAGGUCAAAUCCGCCAGUCUUCUGUCUCUGUGUCCGUGACUUCAUCCAGUUCACGUCUGCAGAGCCCUAUCAUCGGCACAGAGCCUCACUCGGCCGCGGUGCACGUGGGAGAGACAGUCAGUUUCAGGUGUAAAGUUUACAGUGGAGCUGAGCCUGUGCGGAUGGAAUGGAAAGGCUCCAGUAACCAGCCUCUGCCAGAAAACAUCAAAGUGAGUCCUGAUGGCUCUGUUCUGACCAUUGUGAGCGCUCGUCCAAGUAACCAUGGAGCCUAUCGCUGUGUGGCCAGUAACCCGUUUGGUAUCACCCAAACCAUAGUGUCUCUGAUCGUCAGAGGUGCCACAGACUCCCCAGUUGUCACGGUGACCCCGGCUGGUCCUGUGCGCGUCCGAGUGGGAGAGCCCAUAAACCUGGAGUGCCAGGGCUCAGGGGAGUCCCGUGUCUCAGUGUCCUGGCACAGACUCGACAACAACAGGAAAAUCAUGAUGAGCAGCCCCGUCCCCAUGGACUCCAACGCUGUCAUGCAGAUCCUGGCUGCUCAUCCUGAAGACAGCGGGACAUAUGUGUGUGUGGCCCGUAACAGUAAAGGCACUACAGAGACUAAAGUGGAGGUAUUUGUGGAGGGGGGGUCCCAGCUCCCCUCUGUCCCCCGCGUUGUUGUGUCCGAGUCCCUAAUGAUCGCAGUGGAGGGACAGACAGCUAUUCUACGCUGCGACGCUCAUGGUUUCCCAGAUCCAACCAUCUCAUGGUCGAAGCUGCGUGCUCCGUUGCCGUGGAGACAUAAGAUUGUGGAUAACUCCCUGAUCCUGCCCGCUGUGGGACGUCAGGACUCUGGAGAAUACAUCUGCACUGCCUCCAACAAAAUGGGCGCAUCCGAGGCCACCAUCAAUUUGGACGUGGAGACUCCUCCGUACACCACUUCCACCCUGGAUGACGUGGCAGUGCGUGUGGGUGAGGUGAUCCGGCUGCAGUGUCUGGCUCAUGGUACCAUCCCUCUCUCCUACACCUGGACCAAAGUGGGCGGAGACCUGCCCCCCAGAGCCGAGGUCGAAGGAGGAGAUUUGCAAAUCAACCUGGCAACCGCAGAAGACGCCGGCAGCUACAAGUGUGUGGUCAGCAACCGAGUGGGCAGCAGCGAAGUGGUGGUCAACGUCAAUGUUAGAUCCCCUCUCUCGGUGAAGGUGUCCCCACAGGUGGAGGUGAAAGCUCAGGGCAGUGCAGUGGAGUUCACCUGUUCAGCUGCAGGGGGCGCUGAGAUGCAGAUCGAGUGGCUGAAGGAGGGAGGAGUCCUGCCGCCAAACCACCACGUCAAAGAGGGAGUGCUCAGAAUUGAGAACCUUGAGCAGAGCAAUGAAGGAGUUUACAUCUGCAGAGCCACAAGUGCUUAUGGUCAGGCCCAAGACACAGCCAGACUGACCAUCCAGGCCCUGCCCAAAGUCAUGAUAAACGUGCGUACUUCAGUUCAGACUGUGAUGAUCGGAAACUCGGUGGAGUUUGAGUGUCAGGCGGUAGGAGACCCCCAGCCCACCGUCAGGUGGAGCAAAGUGGGAGGAGCCCUGCCCCCUCACAUCGUAGUGAAGGGGGGCAUGCUGAAGAUCGAGCAGGUGACCGAGGCAGAUGCCGGACAGUACCGCUGCACAGCCACCAAUGAUGUGGGCUCUGUGCAGUCUCAGGUGGUCCUCAAUGUACAGUCUCUGCCUCAAAUCGCAGCUCUCCCUGAAACUAAAGAAGUGACAGUCGGUUCUGAUGCUGUUUUACCCUGCGUCGCCUCAGGAUAUCCACUGCCUGAGAUCAAGUGGUCCAAACUGGAUGGAGAGCUGGCCCCUAAGUGUUCCCAGGAGGCCCACGUUUUGACAGUUCCUCGAGUUUCUCACGAAGACUCAGGCACCUACGUCUGCACCGCCUCCAACAAACAGGGCAAAGUGGAGGCCUUCACCACGCUGCAAGUCCAUGAGAGAGUGAUGCCGUACUUUGCCCAGGAGCCUGUGUCGUACCUCACCCUGCCGACCAUCAAAAAUGCUUACAAGUCAUUUAGCAUCAAGAUCAACUUCAGACCCGACAAUGUGGACGGUCUCAUAUUGUACGCUGGUAUGAUUAUGUACAACGGACAGAAGCGGACCACCGGAGCAGACUUUGUUUCUCUUGGUCUUGUGGGAGGUCGACUGGAAUUCAGGUUUGAUGUCGGCUCUGGCAUGGCCACUAUCCGCGAUCCAAACCCCAUAAAACUGGGUGAGUUUCACACAGUGGAGUUUUCCCGUAACCUGACUCUGGGUUACAUCAGUGUGGAUGGAGGAGAGCCCAUCAACGGCACCUCACAGGGUAAAUUCCAAGGCCUGGAUCUGAAUGAAGAGCUGUAUUUGGGUGGUUACCCCAACUAUACCAUGCUCUCCAAGACCGCCGGUAUCAAGACUGGCUUUGUUGGCUGUGUCCGACAGCUGAUCAUCCAGGGAGAGGAGGUCAUCUUUAAAGAUCUGGACCGCAGCUCCACUGGGGUCUCCAACUGCCCCACCUGCAAAGACCACCCAUGUCAGAAUGGAGGCAGAUGUGAGGAUUCAGAGACCAGCCUCUACAAGUGCAGCUGUGCCCGAGGCUUCACCGGCAGCAACUGUCAGCACCACUCCUCCCUGCACUGCCACACAGAGGCCUGUGGACCAGAUGCGACCUGUAUCAACCGUCCAAAUGGAUUGGGUUAUGACUGCCGCUGUCAUCUGGGCAAGUUUGGAGACAAAUGCAUGGGCGGAGAGCUAGUGACCACUCCUCUGUUUGAUGGGAAGACUUCGUUCAUCUCAUAUCCUCCUCUGACAAAUAUUCAUGACGACCUGCUGGUGGAGCUGGAGUUCAAACCUCAGAGCGCUCAAGGCCUCAUGUUCUUCUCCGGAGGAAAGAAGAUGAAGGUGGAGGACUUUGUCUCCAUCUCUAUGGUGAACGGACACGUGGAGUUCAGAUAUGAGCUGGGCACAGGUCAGGCCGUCUUACUGAGCCCUGAGCCGGUUUCUCUGGGUCAGUGGCACAGAGUGGUGGCAGAGCGCGUGAGGAAGGAGGGGUACCUCCAGGUAGACCAGGGCCCAGUGGAGAGGCUCUCAUCUCCGGGUAAAGCCCAGGGUCUCAACAUCCACACGCCCAUGUUCCUCGGAGGAGUCCCUAACAUGGAGAUCCUGCCCAAACCCGCCAAUAUCAGCCACAUGUUUGAGGGAUGCAUAGGAGAGGUGCUCAUCAAUAACAAGACGGUGGACUUGUCGUACAGCUUCACUGAGAGCAAUGCCAUCAAUAAGUGUGUGGACAACAGCCCCUGUGACCGGCGGCCAUGUUUGAAUGGUGGAGACUGCAUGUCCAACGCAGAGUAUGAGUACCAGUGCCUCUGCAAAGAUGGAUUUGAGGGUGAGCGCUGUGAGGUGGUGAAGGACGUGUGCCAGAGGGACGCUCAGUGUCUCAACGGGGGCAGUUGUGUGCAGGGGCAGUGUGUGUGCAGCCCUGGACACUCUGGUCCCACCUGUGCUCACAGCUCCCCCGAGGCCCUCUGGAGUUUGGAAGGUAGCGGCUCCAAUGAUUCACCCUAUCAGUAUGCGGCUCACUUUGACAACGACGGAUACAUCGCUCUUCCAAAAGCUGUCUUCCCACGAAGUGCACCAGACUCUCCAGAGACAAUUGAACUCGAUAUCAACACCAGUUCAUCUGAAGGUCUAAUUCUAUGGCAAGGCGUGGAACACGGAGAACACGGCAAAGGCAAAGACUUCAUCAGCCUGGGACUACACAACGGACACCUCGUUUUCAGUUACCAGCUGGGCAGUGGGGAGGCACAGCUCAGGUCUCGGAGGCCUAUUAAUGACGGACAGUGGCACAAAGUUACAGCAGUCAGAACUGGGAAGGACGGUUACAUCCAGAUUGAUGGAGAGCCAGCGCUUCAUGGACAGUCCAAAGGCAAAAGCCUGAUGGUCAACACUAAAGGCAGCAUAUACUUAGGUGGCGCUCCAGACAUGUCCAAACUCACAGGUGGUAAGUUCUCCACCGGGAUAAGCGGCUGUGUGAGGAACCUGUCCAUGCUAAAUGCUAAACCUGGACAAAACCCAGCGCAAUCCAUAGACCUCCAAACCCACGCAGCCCAUGGAGUCAACGUACGACCCUGCUCCUUAUCAUAGACCUGGAGGAACUACUAGUACUACUACUACUACAACACACUACUACUUGGUGCUUUGCUGCUGCCAAAAAAUCAAAAUAACAGGAUAUUUCUUUCCAUGUGCAGCGAAAAACCAAAAGAGAGGAGAGAUUUUUGAGAUUUUAAACUACUCUUGUACUCACAAUGAAGGACAUUUAACACAGGAGAUGAGUUUACAUACUUCCAGCAGUUUUAGUUUUAGAGUCAAAACUAAUAGGGCUUUUGCAUUUGGGUCAGAUCCUAUGGAGAGACAAGUUUUUUACAGCACUGAAUUUUUAUUUAUACAUAUGAUUAUAUAAAUAGAUAUAAUAUUUGUGGGGAAAACAUGCAAACUAACCAUAAUGUCUUCAGCUUUUUCCUAUAGAGUUGAUUCUGGGUUGUAAUACUGUACUAUGUGUUCAAGCUUGUUGAUAAACUGCAAAAUUAACUGAUUGUCGACUACAAUAGUUAAGAUCACGUGAAUUCAAAAUAUUAAUCUGUAUUUGAGCAAUUAAAUAAAUC